UUUGUGGUGAUUACUUGCUCUGUGAUGGUCUUUCUAGUCUGUAAAGGAUUUAGACAUAGUCUCUUUAAUCUAUGAAAGGAUUUCUUGAUUUGUUUUGGUCUUUUUAACUAAUUACCUAAAUUCCUAUUUUGAUUCAUUUUAUGGGAUACUGUUUUUUAAUUGUAAACUAUUGAAGUAAUAUUAACUGUUUAUCUUGAAAUAAGCCACAUAGAAUACAUAAUUAUAGUAAUCUGAUAAAAAAUUGUGUAAAUUACUAAUUAAAUUGUGCUAAGAUUGUUUAAAAUACAAUAUGACUACUGUAACAUGAAGGCCUUCAAGCUUAUUGUUCAUCAAUCUAGUUUCAGUCCUGAGGAUUUAAUAAUAAACCUCAAGGAUUACCCAGGACUGAAAGAAAAGGAUAUUGUGGAAAUCUAUCAUCCUGAAAAUGAUUAUCCAAGGUUGCUGUUACAAGUUACUAAGGUGGAUGCACCGGGCCGUGGCAGAGAUACGAUCAGUGUGGAGCACAGUAUAGCAACAACAUUCCAGUUAAGAACAUUUGCCGAUGUCUAUGUCAAUAUUGUCAAUGUAGCCGAUGUAGCUCUAGACUCUGUUGAACUCACAUUUAAGGACUUAUACAUGGGAAGAUCUGAAAUGUGGAGGUUGAAGAAUCAUUUGGUAAACACUUGUGUUUAUUUAAAUAAAAAGAUUGAAUACUGUGGUGGAGCAAUUAGAUGCCAAGUAUAUGAAAUGUGGUCCCAAGGAGACAGAGUGGCGUGUGGAGUAAUAACAGAAGACACAAAGAUUGUGUUUAGAUCAUCAACUUCUAUGGUCUACUUAUUUAUACAAAUGUCAUCUGAGAUGUGGGACUUUGAUAUCCAUGGGGAUUUGUAUUUUGAAAAGGCUGUUAAUGGGUUCCUUGCUGAUCUUUUUGCUAAGUGGAAGAAAAAUGGAAGUAAUCAUGAAGUGACUAUAGUUUUAUUUUCAAGAACAUUUUAUAAAGCUAAAACAUUAGAAGAAUUUCCUCAACACAUGAAAGAGUGUUUACAGCAAGAUUAUAGAGGACGUUUUUAUGAAGAUUUUUAUAGAGUGGCUGUCCAAAACGAGAGAUAUGAAGACUGGUCUAAUGUACUCCUUCAAUUGAGAAGACUGUUUACAGAUUACCAAAAGAUUGUAUUACAAUACCAUGAGCGACCUAAUAUGGAGAUACCAACCGCCAUAAACUCAACUGCAGCCCAAGGCAACUUUCUGGAAGUACUGAAUAUGAGUUUAAAUGUUUUUGAGAAACAUUAUUUGGAUAGAUGUUUUGAUAGAACUGGACAAUUGAGUGUAGUCAUAACCCCUGGAGUGGGCGUAUUUGAAGUAGAUAGAGAACUGACUAAUGUUACCAAACAAAGAAUUAUAGAUAAUGGAGUCGGAAGUGACUUGGUCUGUGUUGGUGAGCAACCUUUGCACGCGGUGCCACUAUUGAAGUUCCACAAUAAAGACAACAAUUUGAAUUCUAUAGAUGAUUACUCUAUGCCACAUUGGAUAAAUUUAUCCUUUUAUUCCACCAAUAAAAAAGUAGCAUAUUCCAAUUUUAUACCAAGAAUUAAACUGCCACCAAGAAAGAGCCAAGAGCCUCUCAAGAAAAUGUAUGAAGACGAAAAGAAUGGAAAACUCUUGAAAGAGGAUGAAUAUAUGCAUAACUCAAUAUUUGAUUAUGAUGCAUACGAUGCUCAAGUGUUUCAGUUGCCUCCUGCUCAUAGUACAUGUGUGCAAAGGGUAGCUCGUACGAAAAAGACGUCUGUAGCAGGAUUAGAAGGCAUAAAUAGGAGAAGUCCCCCUGCUAUGCAUCAUAGAAAAAUGUCAGACCCAGAUAUACAUCACAGUUUGGGUGACAUAUUAAGUGUAGGAAACAAAACGAACGCAUUCGAUUCGAACAGCGACGCAACGGAUAGCCCCAUGUCCAAUAAGCGAUUAUCACCCCGCAGUUCGAUCUCUUCUCACAAGCCCGUAAUUAGGACUGGCCGCGCCCUCAUAAAUCCAUUUGACCCUUCACAUGUCACCGUCAAACUUACCAGUAAUAGGCGGAGAUGGACGCAUAUAUUUCCAAAAGGUCCAACUGGUGUGUUAAUACAGCAGCACCACUAUCAAGCGCGGCCGGCUGGCGAAGCGACUUCUCGUAGUGACACACAGGACAACAAUAAAGAAAAUGGUUCCGCCUCUGUAAUAAAUAAUAACCAUUCUAUAUAUCAAGUUGAUGGGAACGUAAUGGGUCGUAAGCGUAUGAUUAGUACGUCAGGUGCUAUGGCCAUUUUGGGAGCAACCUUAGGUCCCCUGUCCGCCACCAAUAAUGCUUCCUUGGCGUUGCUGUGGGGCGCCACUGGAGAACAGGAAUGGACACCAGCCCUUACAACAGCGAACCGAGCAAUAGGUGUGGAUUGGAAAUCACUAACGAUCCCUGCGUGUCUGCCAAUAACCACAGACUAUUUUCCCGAUAAGCGAUCUCUUCAAAACGACUAUCUGGUGUCGGAUUACAACUUGCUACCAGACGAUGUGAACGCAGACUUUGCACAGAAUCGUGCUAUUUAUAAAGAACCGUUAACGACCAUGGAGGUGUUUAAAGAAUUGGUAUCACAGAGAUUAGCGCAGGGAUUCCAAUUAAUAGUGGGUGUGAACGAGAACGACAUGAUCGAGGCGCACUGUCCGUCCACGCCGGCGCCGCCACCUUCUAAGGUCGCACCGCAGUGCAGCAAGCCUGCCAACGCCGCGCCUACCAAACGCUAUCUACUCUCCAUUGGUAGAAUAUUCCACAAGUUGACGCUAGUUGGUUCCACUAUUACUGUUACUAGAUACAGACCCAGGCAUCCAUAUCCACCAUUCAAUAUACACUACCGUUAUCGAUUCCACGCACCCAAUCACGAUACAUACGAAGUUUCUUGGGUGUCUUUUACUACGGAAAAGUUAGAAACAUACAACUGGAAUUACAUGGACCACUACAUAUGCACCAGGGGCGAUACGGACUUCGCCCUUGUGGAGGCCCUAAAAUACUGGCGGUUCCGUACGUUACUCCUGCCGCUUCCGUGUCCCGCCACCAAACAAAUACUAGAGGAUGAGACCACUCAUUGUGAUAUCUACCCAACGUCGACCCGCCAAGACCUCGAUCAGCUCACCGAUGGAUUUUUAAAAAUGACUGAACUAUACUUCAAUAAGGUCAAAAGACCCAAUAAACAGAGGAUGGCGGUGGGCGUGGGCGGUGCUGCCGACUCGGCGCUUACGCGGCGGCGCCACUCUACCUCCAUCCUCACUAGGAGCGCCCAGGGUGGGGGCGUGUCAAACUCUCCCUUCAGGGAGCGUGUGGGCAGCACCCGCUUGCCAGACCGCCCGCGGCUCCGGAUCGAAGCUGUGGCCGCUGCGAAAACGGUACUUGAAAGAACGCACUCACAAUCUGGCGAAUGUGAAGACACUUAUGACGACGGAGUAAUAGAACCAAAAUUAAAAUCGAACGCAUCCCUCUCCGAGAUCAUCGAUCGCAUGCGCCACCCGACACUCGGCGUGGGCUUUCUACAGCAGACUGUUAGCUUGCCUUCGCACACCUUCGUCUCCAUAUAUGCGAUACAUUGGUUGCAAGCUAAUAUGGAUGGUAUGACGUAUGAAAAGGCUACUGCGAUUAUGGAGAAGUUACUUCAAGAGAAAAUGAUAUGUCAUGCGUCAGGCGAUACGACGAAACGAUUUGUUGUCGGCUACUACAUGUACCACAUUCUUCCUCAGAAGAAAGAAAAAGAAGCGACGGACUACGUGAAACCCCUUGGCGACUUGCAAAGCUUUGAGAACGAGUGGAUGGAGGUGCAAGUCCUGGGCCCGCGGUCCCCUCUGCUGCCAGUUGACACCGCCAGCGGCGCUAUAGACAUCGCCGGCUCGUCCCCACUCACCAACGAGGUCGGCGUGCCCGCCUUCCUUUGCGACAACAUAGACCCCAAUUAUAUGCAAUUGGAAAGCGAUGGCGAUUGUAUACCGCUAUACAAAAAUACUCAUCUGGACAUCGACGUGAACAACAAAAGCGACCGGAUCGAAUGGGGUCACGCGCGCUACCAGGCCACCUUCCGACCCGACCAGGCCUACGAGAUGUGCAUACAGUGGACCAUCGCCAGUGGGAAUAUUGUAGCCGAACUGAUAUUUGGUUGGGCAAGAAAAGCUCAGAAUUGUCGACUCCAAAUGGUGCCAAUUCCUGCGGAUCCACUAGCGUUGCCGUUUACAUUGAAGUCGGAUCCACUACGGGGGCCCAUAUAUAUACCCCUCAAUGAGGAACCGUUACUACGCCACAGGAGCGGCUUGUUUGAAGGCUUUCCGGAAGACACUUGGCUCGAACGCUUGUUCCUGUUCCAAGAAGCGAUAGUUGGCCGUUUCGGGUUCAUCAAAUGUACAGUAGAGAGUACGUCGCACGAGGCCGGCGUGGGUGAUCACCUGUACGUGCAUGUCACCGGAAAUAUGUUUAUAUUAAUACCCACUACUGUCAAGUCAGAACAGAGGUCAUUGCCCGUGAAACCGGCGGCUAAACAGGUCAAUAGUGAUAACAGGUAUCCAAUUCAUAUGGAUGCAGUGCCGAGUCCUCACGAAGGUUAUAUAACUCGGCAUGUUGUCCCACAGAGUGGUAAAAAUAAGGAUGACUACGAUAUCAGCCGACGAAUGGGCUUCCUUUGGUCUUGGAAUCACAUGAUAUCUAAGAAAUGGAAGUCAUCUCAGUUCCCUGCCACGGGUGAUGAUACCUUCCAAACCAGAAUGUUAAGAGAUUUCAAACACUUUUGUGCAAAUCAAGAACAGAGAUUAAGCCAGUUUUGGGAUCAAUGCUGGGAGCUUAAAGAAUCUGCGCGUGGAUUGGAGUCUUGUUAAAUUAUUUAAAGAAAUGUUGACUAUUGUUAAUAAAUAAAUUUUAUAGAA